UCUCUCUCUCUCUCUCUCUCUCUCUAAAAUGGUUAGGGUUUCUUAAGCGCGUCGCGUUCGCGUGAUUCGAUUAUUCCAAAAGGCAAUGUUGCGGCAAAACCCUAAUUCUCUCCUCCUCGAGUCCCGCGUCUUCAAGCUUUCUAGGUCAACCAUGGAUUGAUUGAUUCGUCUCUGUCUCUCUUGGUAAUUAGCCCUCACUCCCCUACCUUGUUUCCUCUUCUCUUUCGUCUCUUCUACAAUUCAGGGGUGCCAGUCCUUCUAUCGAAAUGUAUAAUGUCCCUGAACACGUGGAUAACGAGGUUUACAUGAUUCAAGGCAUGGAACCAAAUAUGCAUUAUACGACUCCCUAUGAACAAGUUGAUGCCAUGUACAACGAAGGAGCCCCCGAGUAUGUAGUUGAUCAGGGCAUGUAUUAUCCUACUGCCAACAAUUAUGGGUACUACUGUACAGGAUUUGAAUCACCCGGUGAAUGGGAGGACCAAUGUAGGAUUUUUGGUGCAGAUGGUCCGGAUCUCCAGUACAUGGGUGUGCAAAAUGAAAGUUUUCCUUAUGUAUAUUAUCCACCUGGCUAUGGAUAUGCACAGACUUCAUACAACCCUUACAACCCUUACAUACCUGGUGCUAUGAUAGGUGUUGAUGGCCAACAGUAUUAUACCAUCCCUAGUUAUCAGAAUUCUGUCUCUUCACCUUCUUAUGUCCCUUUUGUUCAGCCAGAUGUCAUUCCCAACAAUUCACCCGACUCUUUUUACGAUACUGGAACAUCUAUUAAUAGAACUGGUGGAAGAGGCCUUAAAUAUAAUUUGAAUUCCGCUUCGGGAGCCUUCCCUAACACUCCUAAGACAUCUUCAAAUCAGAUUAGUCCCUUGACUAGGUUACUAGAAAGGCCAAGAGACAAUGUUGGACCAAACAAGCAAGCUGCAACUCAUGGUAGUAUUUCUUCUGGACGUUUUCCAAACCCUGCUUACCAGAGUAAAAGUGCAUCUGGCUCAGUUUCAUCCAUGGAUAACCUGUCAAAUGGGAAAGUAUUGCCUCAUCAUAAUCAAUUGAAGGUAGCAAUCCCAGUAGGCAAUGGCUUGUCUGACUUUGGAUCUGGUGCACAAGGACGAGAUGCUGUGGCUAAGCUUAGGCCAAAGUUCCAUGUUGGCAGGGCCUGGAAUGAUAUACAAAAUGUUGAGCAGUUGAGUGAGCAGAAUUGUGGUCCUAGAAUCAGUAGGCCAAAAAAUCAGUUAGCUGUUAAAGCAUAUACGACGCAGGCUGGAGAUUGUAAUGCACACGGAAAUAUCAUUAUUUGCAUGGAUCAGUAUAACAAGGAUAAUCUCCCAGUUGAUUAUGUGCAUGCAAAGUUUUUUGUAAUAAAAUCAUACAGCGAGGAUGACGUGCAUAAGAGUGUUAAAUACAAUGUCUGGUCAUCCACACCCCAUGGCAACAAGAAAUUGAGCAGUGCUUAUGAAGAUGCCCAACGAAGAGCUGCAGGGAACCCUGGAGGCUGUCCCAUCUUUCUCUUCUUUUCGGUAAAUGCAAGUGGUCAAUUCUGUGGCGUUGCAGAGAUGGUUGGCCCGGUUGACUUCAACAAGGAUAUGGACUUUUGGCAGCAAGAUAAAUGGAGUGGAAGCUUCCCUGUUAAAUGGCACAUCGUCAAAGAUGUGCCAAACACCAGUGCCAGGCACAUUGUUUUGGAGAACAAUGAGAACAAGCCUGUGACGAAUAGCAGGGAUACUCAGGAGAUCAUGUAUAAGAAAGGCUUGGAGAUGUUGAAAGUUUUUAAGAAUCACACAAUGAAGACCUCUUUGCUUGAUGACUUUAUGUACUAUGAAGACCGUCAGAAAAUCAUGCAGGAUGAGAGAGGCAGAUAUCAUGUUAGAAAUUUUGAGACUCCGUUUGUAGCAACAGCAUUAGGUCCCCCACGCAGGGUGAACCCUGUUCGUGAGCUCCCUCGCAACAAAGAGGAGAAAGACACCAAAUUUAGUGAUGCAAUCAACUCAGCAAAGUCUCCGGUUUCUGCAUCUGACCAGAUUUCCUCAGACUUAAAAGCUAAUGGUUCAAGUAUCAGGAGUGAAAACUCAGAGAAAAGAGCAAUUGAAGCAGAAUGUGAUGCUGUAUCUACCUUGAAAAUUGGUUCACUCACUAUUGAUCCGAAGCAGGUAGAGCUUGAUUCUUCAGCUGGUGCUGCUACUGAUAACUCAAAAAACGCUGAUGUUGUCACUGUAGGCUCGAUUCCUGUCAGAGUUAAUGGAUUUGCUGAAUCUUUGGGUACUUUAACAGUUGGAACAAUCCCUCUGGAUCCUAGAGCACUAAAACUCGAGAAGGGCAGUUUCCUUAACUAAAUUGAGGAGCUAUGAGAAUGAGUCGGAAGCUAUUCACAGUUUCAUUUUCUUAGUGCUGUUUUGCGUGGUCAAAGUUUUUAUCGGAUCCUGAGUUUUUGAUAUACUCGGUCAUGGUUAUAGUUAAUGAUAGCGGGGACUCGCUUUGGUAGUCUUUAUUUUCCCCCCCUUUAGUUCACUUUUGCCGUGGUUGUUUCUUGUCCACCCUUUUACUGUUUGGGGGUUAUGUUCUUACUGGAAAGAGAAAUACAGAUUUACAUUCAAGAUAGAGAAAGAAAAAUGCUAUUACUAGCCAACUCUUCUUUGGUUUGCACUUUUUGUUUUCUAGAUAUGAGCAGUUUGCUAGGCUAUCUCGUUGCCACAAACUGCACAUAUGUUUCCUAUCUGCAACCAAAAAUUUAUCAAUUUCCGAAUUCAAUGGCCUCAUAUAUUCUUACCAGAUUGUGUCAUAGUC